GGCUGUGGAAAAAGACAGGGUUAAGGAAUUUUUUUAAAGCACUACGUAUUUAUUGACAGAAUAUAACUCCAGGCGGUAUUCACAUGCUUUAAACUGAAGCUCUUAACUUGGCAGCGCAGUUUAAGCAAACAAACUCAGGCUGUUGAACACAAUGAUUAACAGGAAGCAGGGGAGGGGACACAGUUACUAGACUCUGGCCGGGAGAAGAGGCUGAGGUUAAGGUCUUAGAGCCGAUGACUUGCAGAAUGGUCACCUCAUCCACUUGCGAUUUCACGGUGGGAACAGGUGGACUACCCGGAAUCAGAACCUCUCUGAGGACAUUUGUUUUUGUGUAGACACAGGUUGCAGGUUAGCGGGAGAACAGGCAAGCCAAAUGCAAAGGAGCCACUUCAGAAAUGUGUCAAAGAAAAGUGAAAAUGCAGCCUAGUGGUAAAUGAAGAGGGGAAGAAGAAAGAAAAAGGACUAGAACUGUGAACUGAAGGGACGGGGAACAGCCAGACCAGAGCUUCAGCCAUCAAGAGGAUGAUUUCGGAACGUGGAGAAAAUGUAAGUUAAAUAUAUCUACACUCUGAUCCUAUCUUGAGAGAGAGAUCUUUUACUCAUUUCCUGGUUGUGAAUGAUGGGCUCUUGGAAGCACUGUCUUUUUAGCGGGUCUCUUAUUUCUGCCCUGAUUUUUGUAUUUGUUUACAAUACUGAGUUACGGGAGAAUAAACGUUUUCUGAGGGCAGCGCUCUCCAACGCUUCACUGUUAGCAGAAGCCUGUCAUCAGAUUUUUGAGGGGAAAGUUUUUUACCCAACAGAAAAUGCAUUGAAAACUACCCUUGAUGAAGCUACCUGCUAUGAGUACAUGGUUCGAAGCCACUAUGUAACAGAAACACUCUCCGAAGAAGAGGCUGGGUUCCCUUUAGCUUACACAGUGACAAUCCACAAAGACUUUGGCACUUUUGAGAGGCUCUUCAGGGCGAUUUAUAUGCCCCAGAAUGUGUACUGUGUGCACCUGGAUCAGAAGGCGACGGAUACCUUUAAAGGUGCAGUGAAACAGUUACUUGACUGCUUCCCAAAUGCUUUUCUGGCUUCCAAGAAGGAGUCAGUCGUCUAUGGGGGGAUCUCCAGGCUCCAGGCUGACCUGAACUGCCUGGAAGACCUUGUGGCCUCUGAGGUUCCCUGGAAGUAUGUCAUCAACACCUGCGGGCAAGACUUUCCCCUGAAAACCAACAGGGAAAUAGUUCAGUAUCUGAAGAGAUUUAAAGGGAGAAAUAUCACCCCAGGGGUGCUGCCUCCUGACCAUGCUGUUGGACGGACUAAAUAUGUCCACCAAGAACUGUUAGACCACAAAAAUUCCUAUGUGAUUAAAACAACAAAAUUAAAAACUCCUCCUCCUCAUGACAUGGUGAUUUACUUUGGCACGGCCUAUGUAGCUCUCACAAGGGACUUUGCUAACUUUGUCCUCCAAGACCAGCUCGCACUUGACUUACUCUCCUGGUCCAAGGACACCUACAGCCCCGACGAACAUUUCUGGGUGACACUCAACAGGAUUCCCGGUACGUACGUCUCUUAACUUUUAUUUUUACGAAAAACACUGCAUGGUCAAUACUGAACAAGUUGCUUUGAAAAGAGUGGAAAAAAUGGAACAAACUUCUUUACAGUUCUAAAUGUCAAAUUAAAAAAAAGCCUUUCAUCUGUAAAAUGGUAAAAUGGAGAUGUGUUAUAUCACCCACUCUUGUGAACUGCUCUGUUCACGGGACGAAAGAUUGAAGGAACACUGGUCAUAUAAAUAAAAACGUGGCCGAGCAUGGUGGCUCAAGCCUGGAAUCCCAGCACUUUGGGAGGCGGAGGCAGGUGGAUCACUUGAGGUCAAGAGUUUGAGAGCAGCCUGACCAACAUGGUGAAACCAUGUAUCUACUAAGAAUACUAAAAAAAUUAGCCAGGCAUGGUGGUGCACGCCUGUAAUCCCAGCUACUGGAGAGGCUGAGGCAGGAGAAUCGCUUGAACCCAAGAGGCAGAGGUUGCAGUGAGCCAAGAUUGUGCUACUGCACUUCAGCCUGGGUGACAGAUCGAGACUCUGUCUCUAAAUAAAUAAAUAAAUACAUAAAUAAAUAAACCUUAUUCUCCUUUAAGCAUAAUGCAUUUAAAAUCAGGAAUAAGUAUGAUAAAUAAAAUUUGAAUGACAAUUUGAACACUUCAAUAAUAUUUUUGUCUCUGUUGAAGCUCCCAUCCUUUCGAAAUGGGAGCAAGAUACAACUUUUAAUUUUUUUAUUUGCAAGCUCUUUUCUGGUCUUGAAUCAAAAAUUUAAGGCAUGGCCAGGCAUAGUGGCUCAUGGCUAUAAUCCCAGUGCUUUGGAAGGCUGAGGCAGGAGGAUCUCUUGAAGCCAGGAGUUUGAGACCAGCCUGGGCAACAUAGUAAGACAUUGUCUCUAUUUUUUUUC